AUGGUUGACGAAGACGGUGCCAUGUCAAAGAUUAAUCACCUCCGAUUUCAAGUUCUACAGUUCGAGCAAGUGUACUAUCAGGAUGCUAUAACAGUUACCAGUAAAGGUCUGCAAAUGGAGUUGGUAAAGAUUCUAACUGUUUUCACCUUGAUUGACAUCUCAUGCAACAAGUUUAGUGGAUCAAUACCUGAGGAUAUGGGAGAACUGAAAUCCCUCUAUGGCCUCAACUUGUCCAGUAAUGCUCUCACUGGCUCAAUCCCAUUGUCAUUAGGCAACCUACGACAACUUGAAUCGUUAGACCUUUUGGACAACAGAUUGAGAGGAACAAUUCCAUCAAAGUUUUCCAAACUUAAUUUCCUCUCAUUCCUGGAUCUCUCGAACAAUCGACUAGUCGGGAAGAUUCCAACCGGCACUCAGAUUUAG